AUGCCUUUUUCUCCUGGUGAGCUUCACAGCUCAAGUGUCAAGUGGAUUUUCACGCCUCUUGAACAUCCAGGAAGCACCAGGGAACAAGGGUUUCAACCAGCUUUAAGAGUUGAUGAACUUAUUUGCAUGCAAAUCGUGGAAGUUGGCUCAGCUGUCGGGACGAUAAGAGGGUCGAGGGACAGCGGUGAUCGUCGCUACAUCACUACAUUCAAACCGUCUGCCGAGUCUCACCAGCUCUUGAGUACAGCGGUUACUGUGAAUUCCUUCAAUGUGCCACCGACUGGUCUCUGCUACGUAGGCGUUGGAGGAGACUGUAUGCGAUGCGAUUGCAAUAAGCCUCUGAAGUGCUACAAAGGCACUUGCCGAUAA